AUGGCUGCUAAGGCUGAUAUCCGCCUCGACGGCAAGGUCGCUCUCAUCACUGGAGCUGGCCGUGGUCUCGGUGCUGGCCUGGCCAAGAUGCUGUCGGAGCGUGGUGCCUCUGUCAUCCUCAACUACGCCAGCUCGGCCAAGGCUGCCCUGGCGACCGUCGCCGAGAUCGAGAAGGCCGGUGGCAAGGCUGUCGCCAUCCAGGCCAACGUCACCAAGGUCCCCGAGGUCGAGAAGAUGUUCGAGGAAGCCAUCAAGGCCUUUGGCAAGCUCGACAUUGUCAUCAACAAUGCCGGCAUGGAGCACUUUGGCAAGACCCAGGACGUCACCGAGGAGGAGUUUGAUGCCGUCUUUGGCCUCAACACUCGUGCUCAGUUCUUCGUAUCGUCACGUGCUCUGAGAUAUUUGAGCGAUGGUGGUCGUAUCAUCUUCAUGUCUUCAAUCGCCGCCAGCCUCAGCGUGGCCAAUCACGCUCUGUACUGCGCGUCCAAGUCGGCCAACGAAGGUCUCGCCCGAUCGUUCGCUGCCGAUGGUGGCCCACGACGAAUCACAGCCAACGCCAUCGCCCCUGGUGGUAUCAAGACCGACAUGUUCGCCCAGAACGCCUGGCACUACUCCCCCGGUGCUACCAAGGACACCCCGAUUGAGGAAAUCGAGGCCGGUAUCGCCAAGCUCAUUCCCCUCAACCGUUGUGCUGUGCCAGACGAUAUUGCCAAGGUCGUCAUGUUCUUGUGCCACGAUGACAGCGAAUGGGUCACUGGUAAGUUCUUCGAGUUCGACGGUCGAAGACGCGAAAUUUUAGGCCAAACGGUUAGAAAUCAAGAUUUCGACGCUAACUUCUUCUUUAGGCCAAACCAUUCGUUUGACUGGUGGUAG